UUGCAAACCCGCUUUCCGACAAGCUACUCUGACUCUGCAACAAGCUACUCUGACUCUGCAACAAGCUACUCUGACUCUGCAACAAGCUACUCUGACUCUGCAACAAGCUACUCUGACUCUGCAACAAGCUACUCUGACUCUGCAACAAGCUACUCUGACUCUGCAACAAGCUACUUUGACUCUGCAACAAGCUACUCUGACUCUGCAACAAGCUACUCUGACUCUGCAACAAGCUACUCUGACUCUGCAACAAGCUACUCUGACUCUGCAACAAGCUACUCUGACUCUGCAACAAGCUACUCUGACUCUGCAACAAGCUACUCUGACUCUGCAACAAGCUACUCUGACUCUGCAACAAGCUACUCUGACUCUGCAACAAGCUACUCUGACUCUGCAACAAGCUACUCUGACUCUGCAACAAGCUACUCUGACUCUGCAACAAGCUACUCUGCAUAUGACUCGGCAUACUAG